AUGUCGCAAGAAUUUACACUAAUUCAAUUAGUGACCGAGGCAUUUGCCCACAACUAUUUGGAUGGUGUUUGGUCUAUACCUUUGACAGAAACGCCAAAUUUUUCUUCAGAUGGACUAUUGUGCAAGUUUGCCACGAAUCAAUUUGUUGUCACCAUUAAGAUAACCGACACUGAGAGAUCUGUCGCUUUUGAUCUUCAGAGCAAGGAUGGCAAAUCCAAGUUAUUUGAAAAUAUCGAUCUUGAUCCUUCAUCGAUUGACAAGAAAUAUUCAAAGUUUCCAAUUGCUCUCUCAUCUGAAGACUAUACAAAGCUUGUUGAACUUGAAUUCAUUCCCAAGUUCAGACAGCAUUUCGACCCUUUCUUGAAGUCGCAUGUUUCUGAUUAUUCCAAUGUUUCUACUUAUUCAUCUGAUAAGACUCCCCGAUUCGCAAAGAAAUCAGAAAAUAGCAUUUCCGGACCAGACAUACAAGGGUCUACUGGGAGACUCCGGAAGCCCGUUCCUGCGUCCUUAGCUCCGCCUGGCUUUGAGGAUGAACUCGAAAUUCAAGGGAAAAUUUCAAACGCGAAUAUGCCUGGUGUUUCCACCCCUUACGGGGAUUCUGAUCGUUAUCCUGGUGGAUUGAGAGUUCCGGAUCUUGAUCCAGCGGCACAUAUUCGUUCACCUGGAACUGGAGGAAUGUACCCAUCGCCCGAUGAUCCACUCUUCCAUCCAGAAAAACGAGAUAGAAAUAAUAACUUGCCAAAUCCAGGCAACGGUGGAAUCAGAUAUGACGAUCCGUUGGCGGGUCCACAUGAUGAUUUGGAUCUUGCAGGAGAGGGUUUACCCCCUGAUAUGGGUAUUGGAAAGAAUCAGAAGAACUUAAGAGGUAAUUUUGGAGCCUUUGGAGGAGGUUCAAGGUUUGGUGGUGGUUUUAAUGGUGGUUUUGGUGGUGGUUUUGGUGGUGGUUUUGGUGGUGGUUUUGGUGGUGGUUUCAUGUAG